CAUCAACCUUUGCGUCGCGGCCCACUUUUCGCGUGAGGCUUAGAAGCCGCUGCCGCUCUCUCCGCUAGCAUGUCGGUGGUUUUCGUGCCGGAGAAACUCCGGGGCAAGGCGGAGGUGAACCAAGAGACGUUGCAACGGCUGCUUGAAGAAAAUGACCAGCUGAUUCGAUGUAUUGUGGAAUAUCAGAAUAAAGGAAGAGCUGAAGAAUGUGUGCAACAUCAGCACACACUGCACAGAAACCUGAUUUAUUUAGCUACUAUUGCGGAUGCAUCUUCCUCUCCAAAUGCAGGGAAGACUGUUGCAGACUGAUGCUGUGCUCCUUGGCACACUUGUGAAUCCUUGAAGGAAAUGGGGAGUGAAUCUGGAAGAUCCAUUAGUCCCCUCUUCUUUAAAGGAGAGGAAUAAAUCCAGCACCUGAUGGAAAGCCA